AUGCGAAUUGUUUCUUCAUGGUCUUUGGUCUGGUCGCGGUGUUGGACGAACGCUCGAACAAAGAGGUUGAUCCUCUGCUUGGUGGCCUUGGCGGAGCUCCUUGACCUUGUCCUGGCUCCCGGGAGGAUCGCUGGAACCUUGGCCGUGCUCGAUGCUGGAGUCUCCAUCGCGUUCGGUGCGUCUCUGUCAGGCGUCUUGGUCGCGUCCGAUCCCGCGGAUUCUUUGGUUCCCUCGGUGAGACCGGGUCAGGGUCCCUUUUGUCAAAUCAACGGUUUCUGGAAAGAAUCUGAUCCAAUGCAGGUUUCGGUUGGUGGUGUUUUUACUGUUGUUAUGGAGAACAAACAUAAUCACAAUCCUGGCGUUAGAGUCGUUGGAAGAAGAGUUUAUGAUUCCAAAAAUGGCAAAUCCUGUCACCAGUGUCGACAGAAGACUAUGGACUUCGUCGCACCGUGCAAGGUCAGGAGGAUGAAUAACAAGCUAUGCCCCAAUAAGUUUUGUUACAAAUGCUUAUCAAACAGGUAUGGUGAGAAUGCAGAAGAAGUAGCAAAGUUGGACGACUGGGUAUGUCCUCAAUGUAGAGGCAUAUGCAUCUGCAGCGUGUGCAUGACAAGCCGAGGGCUAAACCCCACUGGGAUUUUGGUACAUAAGGCUAGAGCUUGUGGGUUGGCUUCAGUCGUUGAGCUUCUUGAAGUUGAAGGGCCUGAUAAGUUUGCUUAUCAGAGGAAGCCAAAACUGAUUGCUGCUUCCAUUGAAGGUAGUAGUAGCAAUAGUGAAUCUGUUCCAGGGACAGAAGUGGAAACAUUAGAUGUUCCCAAGGAGGAGAAGAAAGCGGUGGGCAAGAGGAGGAGAGCCAAAUCCAGUGACAAACUUAAAGAGGAGAUUCAGUUUGAGGCUCCAGUAGUUCCUCAGGGUACAAGCUUGACUUGUGUAUCAGGCAUUGAUAUACCCACUGAAGAAGCUGGAAAUGUAUUCCAGUUUUUCAAGUUUUGCACAGCCUUUGGAAACGCUCUUUCUUUGAAGGAAGGACAAGCUGAAACUGUUGUCCGUGAGCUUUUUGUAUGUGGGUGUAACACAAGGAGAACCCAAUACUGCCCUAUUAUCCAGAUGAUGAUCCAGUUGUUGGAUUUAAUAUCACAUCAUAGAGAGAUGUCCUUGACUCUAAGUGCAACUGACAGCAGUUGGUUCACUGCUAUCGGAGAGAUCCUAUCGCAGUCAGAAGUUUUGAGUGAUGAGUUCCCUCCUGAAACUUUUGUAGCGGGUGUUACUGAGUACGAGAAGAUGGAUGCAUCGAGAAGGCUCAAGCUUCUAAAUUUCUUAUGUGAUGAAUCACUUGGCACAAAGGUAAUGAGAGAUUACAUAAAAAGCGAAAUUGAGGAGUGUGAAGACCAGAAAAAAGAAGCUAAAGAAAAGUUUGCAGCAGCAAAGGAAAAGGAGAAGAAGCUCAAACAGAAGAUGCAAGAGGAUGUUGCCAAAGCCAUUAUGGAGAAAAAUGGAGCUCCAUUGUCCAUUGAGGAACAUAACGUAAUCAUGUCUCAAAUAAGAGCCGCUAAAGAAGCUCAUGACGAGAUGAUGGAAGCAAAAGGCAUGACAUCUCAACAGACGCGUAUAUGUGAUGCAUAUAGAACUAAACCAAUUAUAUUGUAUGAUAAUGGUCUUGUUCUUUGGAAACUCAAGUGCUAUGAAGAAGAACCAAAAUUUUUGCUUCAAGAUCUAGGGACAUUUGAUGAUUUAUGUCCACAUGAAAGAUGGUUAGCUUAUAAGCCUGAACAGAAAUCAGAGAUAGAGAGAUAUAUCUCUUACAAGAGGUAUAUCUAUCGUUGA